AUGGCUGCUUUUAUUUACUUUGAAAAUCAUGUUAUUGAUGCUCCCUGUUGUAAUGUUAUCGAUGUGAGCAAGAUUGUUUCUAAGCAAUACGGAAUUCCGCGUGAUGAUAUUUACAUAACAAUAAACGGAAAGAGAGUCACAACCGACAUUAAUCUGUGCGAACUUGAUGUAGUGAGAGUUUCUACUCGAUUAUGUGGAGGCAAAGGGGGUUUUGGGUCCAUGUUACGUGCGAUUGGUGCUCAAAUCGAAAAGACAACGAACCGUGAAGCGUGUCGUGACUUGUCCGGAAGGAGAUUACGUGAUAUAAACGAAGAAAAAAGGCUUAGAAAGUGGCUGGAGGGACAAGAAGAACGAGAGAGAGAGGCUAGCGAACGAAAACAAAAAAAACUAGAAAGACUACUCGCAGAGCCCAAAAUUGAAGUAAACUUAAACCCUAAUUAUGAAAAAGAACGGCAGGAGUUACCGGAACGAGUCAGUUCCGCUGUGGAUGCUGGUUGGCAAGCGGCGGGUGCAUCCAAUGAACGUAAAAGAAAGUCUGAUGAUGUACAGAUAAAAAAGAAAAAAGCCAAGUUGUGGAUUGAUGCAGAGUUGUCUGAUUGUUCGUCUUUGAGUGAAGAUGAUGAUGAAGAAGUUAUGCCAAAACCACCCUCUGUCUCAACAGAUAGUGGGCACGAUUCUGACUGCACAUUAGAAAGUAAAGUUCAGUAA